AUGCUCGCCUACCGGGUCUUGAAGUGGCACGGACGCGGCGUCCGAAGCCUGCACAUUGUCUUCUCGGACGGAGCGAGCCGUGGGAACCCGGGCAUUGGGGGCUGUGGCGCGGUCCUAGUCGAUGCGUCCGGCGCCGUCGUCGCAACCGCCAAGCAGUUCUUGGGCGACAACAUCACCAACAACGCCGCCGAGUACCACGGGCUCCUCCUCGCCUUGGAUUUAGCAAAAGAGCAUGCGAUCGAGAGCGUCGAAGUGCAAAUGGACUCGGAGCUCGUGACCAAGCAAAUGCUCGGCGUCUAUCGCGUCAAGCACCCUGUGCUGCAAACGCUGCAUCAGCAGGCCAAGGCCAAGGCGAGUGCGUUGCCGCGCGUGCAGUACCGCGCGAUUCCGCGCGCCGCCAACGCCGUCGCCGACCAGCUCGCCAACGACGCCAUUGAUACGCGGCCCAGUAGUACGUCGUCAUGA